AUGCUGUGGAGUGGGUAUGAGAGGGCAAAGCACGCACGAGCAUUCCCAGUGAUUGCGGGAACAGUUGAGGCAUUCUUUACUGUUUUCUGGAUAGAUGCAACGAAUCUGCUCAAGUGGUUGAGGGAGAGGUCUGCUUUUGUUUGCACCGUGAAUGAGGGACGUGAACAUGCCUUUUUCAUGUUGCAAGCGAGGCAUGCAGAUGUUGCUCGAAGCUGGACCAGGCUGCGGACCGCUUUGCCCAACACCGCUGGCGGCACAUCUGGUUGGGCACUCAUACCGCAAGAUUGUAGCUUAAUUGACAUAACCGGUUACGACAAGAGUGUAGUUAUGGACCAGUGA